AUACGCUCGUGCUGUUCAUAUGGGACCCGGAAUUGACAAUUGUUGAAAUGACUGUGGUCAUGGCCGGGAGAUUUUGUAUACUAAUUCGUAUAAAUCUUUCUUCCACAUCGAAUUCGCGUACAACAAAGGGUAAAAUUAUUGAGAGAUUAGUAGUAUUUGUUGUCAUCUCACGACCCCGACUGCGAUCCGAGCUGAAGCAGCAUGGGACGUGGUAGGAAGGGGGCGCUCCCGGUAUCACCUGGCUUCCCGGAGCGGGUUUCACUCUCAGGAAAGUCUGAGGAUUGACUCUGCUAGGCGAGGCCUGGUCCAGUCGGUUUGCUGGCCAUUUUUUGUUUGUUAUUUUUAAAUUCCCCACCGACUGAACUGUCGUUCGCAGAAACGACAUAGGUUUCCUCGAUUUUUAUAAAGCUGAACAUAACAGGUCCGACAGUGGGAGGCGUGCAGUGACAUGAACGAAUCGCUGGAGAACGCAGUCCCUUUCGAAGAGUACGUGCGUCAGAAAGCGCGGACGGUCCCACAGCAUCGCAUGAAGAGCUUCCUGGAGUCGCUGGCCACCAAGGGCCCCGAAGCUUUGCAAGACUUCCAGCAGGGUGGCACCACUGUGGUCUAUCAGCAGGGAGCAAACUGUGUCUAUGCCGACAGCACAGAGGUGGCAGGUUCCCUGCUGGAGCUGGCCUGUCCGGUGCAGUUGCAGGUUCAGCAGUUGCCGCAGCACCAGCAGCAGGUGGCACCCACGCAGCUGUCUCCGCAGCUGACCGCCGCCGUGCACCAGGCUUCUGAGCAGCAAAUCCAGGUGCAGGUGCAGAUCCAGGGCCAUCAUUCGGUGGAGCAGGUGUUGCAGAUUCCCAGCACCACCCAGCAGCACUUGUCGGGCUCCCAGCUGCAGCUGGUGCAGGGAGAGAUAUCUGAAGAACACCUACAGCAGCAGCAGAUCCAGGCAGAGCUGGUAGCAGCAGUUGCCGAUGGGGGACAGCAGAUUCAGAUCCAGACAGUGGGGUUGGUAUCACCCCAGCAAGUGGCGCAAGGCUCCCCGCUGGAGGGUGAGCGCAGAGUGGGGCCCGUGGGGGGCGUCCUUCAGCCGGCAAAGAAGCGCAAGGUGGACGUGCCCAUCGCUGUGUCGUACACGCUCCCCGGGCAGCAGCUAGCGACUGUCCUAGCCAUCCCCCAGGCCCCCCCGGGUCAGGGACAGGGACAGGGGCAGAGCUACCUAUCUCUGCGGCCCGACCUGCUCACGGUGGACAGCUCGCACCUCUACAGCACAACUGGCACCAUCACCAGCUCUACGGGCGAGACAUGGACAAUUCCUGUGUACUCCGCCCAGCAAGGCGUGACCCAUGUCGCAAUCUCACCCGAGGCCGUGACCAGCGACGGCACUGAUAAGGACAAGGCUGUCGCCUCAAUGGCUCCCCCGGUGGCCACGGCCGAGGAGGCGGUCCAGACACUGGCCAGCGCUCUUUUCCCAGCCCAGUUUGUCAAUGGAAACAUUCACAUCCCAGUGGCCGUCCAGUACCCUGCCGGUGCACAGCCCGUCCACAUCUGGGACCCACAGCAGCAUGUGGUUCACACCACAGGGGGCACGGAGCAGGAUCUGCAGAGUCAGGCUGUGCAGGUUACAGAGGUGGAUGCCACUGCGCAGCCCUCUACGGAACUGCUGGUGCCCAUGAUGCUGAAGCCCGACGAGGGCCUGGACGUGUGGCGCAUCUGGGCGCAGAGCAAAAACACGGAGCUGGAGAAGGAUAACCAGACCAGGCUGGCCCCCAUUGGCCGCCGCCAGCCUCUGCGCUUUCAGGAGGACCUGGUAUCGUGUGCCGUGGCCGAACUGAACAUGGGUCUGUCCCUGAUGAUCCAGGAGGCUCGCGGGCUGGAGGGAGAGCCCUUCGAACCCGACGUGCUCUACUACAUCUUUCUCUGUAUACAGAAGUAUCUGUUUGAAAACGGCCGAGUGGACGACAUCUUCUCAGACCAGUAUUACCUGCGCUUUUCCCAGUGCCUACACCGGGUGCUGGAUGGCUGGAAGCCUCACGUCCAUCCACUGGGUUAUGUCAUCCCUAGUCAUGUGACCGAGGAGAUGCUGUGGGAGUGCAAACAACUGGGGGCCCAUUCUCCCAACACACUGCUGAGCACGCUCAUGUUCUUCAAUACUAAGUACUUCCAGCUGAUGACGGUGGAACAGCACAUGAAGGUAGCCUUUUCCAAAGUGCUACGGCACACCAAGAAGAACCCCUCCAACCCUAAGGACAAAAGCACCACCAUCCGCUAUCUGAAGGGGGUGGGGCUACACCAGGUGGGCCAGAAAGUGACAGAUGACAUGUAUGAAGAGCAGGCGGAAGACCCGGAGAACCCUCUGCGAUGUCCCAUCAAGCUCUAUGACUUCUACCUCUUCAAGUGUCCACUGAGCGCCAAAGGAAGGAACGACACUUUCUACUUGAUGCCAGAACCAGUCGUCGCCCCAAACAGCCCCAUCUGGUACUCCACCCAGCCUGUCACACGCGAGCAGCUGGAGCACAUGCUUACACGCAUCCUCGCCGUGCGGGAAAUCCAGGAAGCCAUUUCUAUGGCAACAGAGAGCGUGCAAUAAGGAGACAGUCUGGGAACCGGCAGCCAAAAGGGGGGGUGGGUUGGGGAGUUGACUGGGCUCACCUUCGGCUUCCUGACCAGUCCUCUGCCUCCCUACCUCCUACCCCCCACCCCCACUGGACUUGGGUAGCUGUCAUACUGCCCUCUCCAUCUCUGCCUGUUCGUCUCCUAUACAGCAACUGUAUAGAUCUGGAGAUGCCCGUCUGCCAGCUGGAAAAUAUGCACCCCCCCGCC